GCGACACCAUCUUGUCUGUCAGUUCUUUCUUAGUAACAAUUUCAAGCUGCCGGCAGUUCUCUGUAAUUUCUCAAGUCAAAUAAAAUUUGUAAUUUUGCGGGUCAAGUGCAAAUUGUUGUAAUUUUUUCUACCAAUCUCCAAGGAAUUUUCAAUUAAAAAUGGAAAAUCACUUAAACUAUGAAUGCGAUGGCUGUGGUACUGACUUCAUCCUUAACUAUCGCUACAAGUGUUUGAGGUGCGACAGAUAUGAUCUGUGCCAGACUUGCUACGACAACAAGGUGUAUACAUUACACCAUAACUUGGGACACGCCAUGCAGUGUUUGCUGGACCCGGAAGCCAAGAAAGUGCACUUUGAAGGUGAGCCAAUGCCAGUGCUGAGCGCCGAGAGCUUCACCUGCCCCAUCUGCGGCAUUAUGGGCCACACGGACAUCGAACUGAUGAAGCACGCGAGAGAGAAGCAUCGCGGAGAUUUGUCCCUCGUUAUUUGUCCAUUGUGCGCGGCCAUGCCCGCAUUCGGCGAUCCCGCUCUGUUGCGCAACAUUUCAGAACAUUUUCGCACUUACCAUGGCAGCACAGCGGGCAUUCUGCGUAGCAGUCCACUGGACAAUGUUCGACGCAAUGCACCGUCGGAGGCUGACAUUGAUCUGACCGAAGCAUAUACCUGGCCAUCACACCUCACUGAUUCGUGGCGCAUCUUGAAUAAUUAUAGUCCAGAUCUGGUUCCACGCCCACGUCUUCUCGUUCCCUUUGACUCUCCCGAGCCUCCGGCUGGGUUAACUAUUACCGAAUUGAGCGAUGAGGAGAAUUUCUGAAAAGGCAAAAUUCAAACACUUAGAAAAUAACACACUAAAACACAACAUACAUACACACACACACAUGCAUAGAAAUGUUUCUCCUACCAUCUACCAUCAGCAUUUAACGAAGGAGGAAAGAAGGAAAUCAUUCA